UGUCCGUGUUUUUGUGUCCAAAACCGCGAAUGCAAAACACAGCUGAGAUGAAACACAAUGUAUCCCAGUAGUUUUUACAUGCUGGCAGUGACACUGACAGAUCAGAGAGAAAGGGUCCCUGUAUUCUGCACAGAUAAACCAUGUUUGAUAUAGAUUUUGUAUUGGUUUGUUGAGGAUUGUAAAAGUAGCUAGGGAAUAUAUUUGGAACAACAUUACUCAAGUGAGAUGAGUUACGAGUGUACUGCGAGUGUUUCAAAUCUCCAGAUAUCUCAUGAGAGAUCAGUCCCUUUUGAUCAUGCUUCCCUGGACUCUAUGCUGCAGAGUUCUAGUAGUGGAUACCAUCCGCAUAGUCAUGCUGGAAAUGAAGCUCCCCACAGCAGGGAGGAUUUACGAUUGCUAGAACAUGUAGAAGAGUCCAGUGGUUUCCAUGUUUCCAAUGACGUCCAGGAUUAUUUCGUGAAGAAUAUUGGAUUUCGGAAAUGUCGUACCAGCUCUGUUGGACCAAGCCACACCCCUUCAGUAGACCAGAGGCUACCAGUGGUACAUACAGAUGGUCAAGAUUCUGGUGUAGAGGACUUGGGGAUGACCAGUCCUAUUAGCUCGGAUGGGAUGGAUCUCAGUACACGUACAACACUGCCACAAAAGGAGUUUAUGGUGUACAGACGUGCCCUUCUUUGUGCUCAGUUUCCUGUCUUGAGUGCUCCUCAGCAAGCAUCUUCUCCUCAGUCCCACUCUCCUUACCCUCACACCUUAUCUCCUUCUGGUGGUACCUACCCAUUCACUGGCUCCCAUUUUACCUACCUGGCUUCACGGAACCCCCAGGCUAGACUUACUCCAGAUAAGGUGUCUCUAGCUGGAGAUGAUGGGACUGAUGGUAAGAGUGACACAGAGAGUGAGGAAGAUGUCUUAGUACAGAAUGAGAUGUUAUCCGGUGUUGUAAGAAAGGCAUUCCUGCUAAGCGAGGAGCGACAUCAGUACUAUGAUGAAGUGAUCACUGAAGGACUGGGUCGUAAAGCACCAGCAAGGAUUCUUGUUGAGGAGUUGGUGAGCAGGCUGAGUGUCGUUGAAAACAACAAGCAUCCAUUCUAUCAUCCACAAGCUUUUAAGUCUAGAGUAUACGAUAAUUGGCAGCAGAGUGAGAGACAACACAUUGGGGAGUUGAUUGAAGGGUUCUGGCAGUUUGCUCUUCCUUCACCAGUCGGCAGCAUGGUCAAACCAAUCUUCUGGCAGAGUGUUCAUCAGGAGUAUCAAGAUCUUAUGGUCAGACUUAUUAGGUUGGAUAAGAGAGAAGGUGUGGGUAGCUAUUCAACCUCUAUGUUCACCUCUGCAUCAAGAAGACUUCUUAAAGAAUUUGGUCUUCGCUAUGGCGUGGGAGAGUGGUACAGAAUGAUAAUCUACCUGGAAUACAUGGCAAACACCAGUAAUUUUGAGUUUCAAGUAUGGUACAUUGAGAUGAUCUUGAAGGAGCUAAAAAGACUGUCCAAUAUGUUGCAUACUUCUCUACAUCCGUACACAAUAGUCAGGCAAGAGCUUGAUUUGUUGCAUGAUGUUUUGGUCAAGCUACAUGAGCAUAGUAAACGUGGCCUGCAGGGACUCCUCAGGGAGCAAGAAGACUCGAGUCACAAAGCAGUUGCUUUGGUGAGUCUCCUUGCAUCUGUACUGAAUCUUAAAACACAACUUACAGAUCAGAAAGGCUCCACGUUGGAAUGUUACUUGGAAGGCUACAUUAAGGAGAGUGCUAAACAAGCUUAUUACAGACACAAAGUUCGACUGGAAACUGAGCUUCAUUUGAACACCUACAUCUUGCCUGUAACUGCUGAACUAGUGUCAAAGUUAGUUGGUUGUGCAAAGGCAGAUGUCACGAGAUGCCAUGACUGUUACCAGAGUGUCUUCAGCAGAUAUAAACAGAACGUAGUCAAGCUAGCUGCUACAACCUUCUAUUCCAGUCUAAUGUCAGAUGUCCAUCUGGUGUGUGAAAUGACAGAUAUUAACAAGGAUUUGCAUCGUAUUGAUCAAGACUUAUUAGCAUUAGCUCAGAAGCUAAGUGAUCUUGAUGCAGCAUGGCGGGACUAUAUACCAAGAACAGCUCAGCAAUGGAGGCAGCCGAUGCUGGUCCAGGCAAAAGCAUGGCUGAAGAUCAUGACCAACCAACUGACUCAAAUAGCGGUCAAAACAGUCGACACAGACAAAUUUGAGCCUGACUUCAUUGAAGACACACCUUCACCAUCAGAGCCGACAUCCCCUGAGCCUCACCUGAGACAAUGGCAGAAUCCUUCCAGCAUCUUAAGACAUUCUCCAGCCUCCCCAUUCAAACCAGUGGGCCCCUCAAUGGAUGGCUCAUCCAAUGGAGUCCAAACCAAACAGGAGACGUCCAGUCAAGUAACACCUACUGAUGAAACCAGCUCUUCAACCACUGUACCCAGUUCCAGACUACAUCCCAAAGACCAACGCAAUAAUACCACAGAGGAGUCUUCAAAGGGUAGAAACCAACAAGGUACCGCUUUAUAUUUCAAUGGAAGUGGAAGCAUAAAAAGAAUCCAGUCAAUGCCAGAGAUAAAGCCCCAAAAGACUGAAGAUUUUGUGGUCUUGCUUCGAAGAAAUGCAACAUCAGCCGACUUUCACCCUUUGGUCACGUCAUCCUCAGAUAUUAGAAUUGACGAGGCAGGCUCAGGUGUGGUAAGCUUUACUGCCAAAGUGCCUCAACAUGAACAUGCAAGUAGCAUAGACCUGAAAAUAGAGACAGACUCAUUUCAGACAGAGGAGAGUACUAUACAGCGUUUGACAAACUCUGAUAACAAGAUAUCCUUGGAGACGAACGUACCUCUGGAGACUAGCUCCAUGCAGGAAGGUGUAGUAAAACCAAAGCAAAUUGAUAUUGGAAGAUCAGAUCUUCAAAUCAGCACUGCAGAGGACAUAAACAGUUCCAUGGACUUGGAAAGCUCCACUACACAAACACCACUCACAAAGAAUGACUUGACAUGUGAAGAUGAUAACAAUAACAGUACUGAAGAUAUCAAAGAAACGGACUCUACUCACCUUCCAGAGACAGAUUCACAUGAUGAAUGUGAUAUUGCUCCAGUCAGGACCACUCGGCCUGUUGAGUUAACUUUGGACAAUGUCAAUACUGCCCUUGGUGAAUCUUCUAUAACUUCAUCUACAGUAGAGGAAGCACCCAGACCAGAAGCAACAGGCUUGACAACCUCAAUGCCAUCUUCCAACACUUCAUCCAGCAUCCGGUCCUCAUCAGUCACAUCCACAUCCACCUCCUCCAACCCACUCCCCUCGAUGACGGAUCAGCUCCGAUCUCGUGGGGCAUCCGUAUCCUUUCAGUCAGAUCACACACAGUACUCAAAGUCAAAGAGCAAGCAUCCAGACCGGUUCUCCUCUAGUAUGGUGGAUGUCAUGUUCAUAUCGCAGCGGAUCAUUGGCUUCAUGCAGAAACUGAUAGGGAUUCUAUGUCCGUCGGAUGUUAAUUUACCUUUGGGUCCUGACGGAGACUUCACUGCAUCAUUGAAUUAUAGGACAUUUGCAGAGAGAAUGAGAGUCAUGAAAGUGGAACUGAAAGAAGUUACUGAAGAGGCUAUCAUCAAGGUGCUUUGUUUAUAUGCAAACAAUCUUCUUGCCAUGGAUUUAUGUGCUGUUGAAAAGGACAACAUUGACUCCUUAGUUGAUUCUCAGGUUAUCUCUGGAGUUCUAGUAAGUCGUGAAGAGGCGAUGCUAAGUCGCUGCAGACAUGAACGAGAGAGUAACAUUCCAUGUGAUUACUACAUGAACAAAGAUACCGCCCUACUAUGUGACAAGCAUGAACCUAUAACAUCACAGAUGUGCAUUAGAAUCAACAAUAUGUGGAGCAUCAUUUGCCUCUUACCAGAGCUGUCUAGAAUGCUGCAGUCUCGACUUAAAGGCCGUCGCCUCUCUGCCAGCCAGUCUAUUGAAGACCAGCAGCAGAAUGGAAUCUACGAUGCCCCUAUGGAGCAUUUGGAUAUAGACACAUCUAGUCUUGCUGAAGGGGAUCAUCUAGAUUACCUCAACAGUGCCUUACAGGCUCAGAUCAACCUACUUACAUACAAGCUAAACCAAGUGCUCCAGCAAGCCCUGUAUGUACUGCUAUCUCCAGACUUUGACAGUCUGACCAUAGCAGACAGACUCCAACCUCUGACCUCAUGUCUGUUUGAUCACUGGAAGGCCCUUGGUAGUUGGUUAACGCCACCUUGCCUGACUCUAUUCAUGGAGAAUCUGUGGCUACGUCUAGUGGCAGAUUUUGAGCUUGAGGUAGAGGGCUUGAAGCUACUGGAGGAGAAGGCUGACAGGCACGCAUUGCUUUUAUCGCAGUCCAUAGCGCAUCUGAUUGAGUUUCUUCAUGCCAGGGGUGAGGGGCUUGAAAUAGAUCAGCUUGUCAAACCAGCUGAGGUGGUAUUGACCAUGCUGCAGCUUCACAGCUUAUCAAGUAAGAACUUGGUUCAUCUCUACCAGAAGACAUUACUCAGGGAGGUAGAAGCAGACCCAACUACAGAGCCUUUACCAAGGGAAAUACUACAAGCCAUGUACCAAGCACUCCAUAAGAAGCGCAAGUGUUUCACUGGACAUCAUAUGGUCAUGUGGCUUCUAGUCCAUUACUACAAUGCACAAGAGAGGCCAACAAGCAAGAGAAGCAAGUACAAGAGGAAGGCUAAGAUGAUUGGUCAGAAACUCUUGGAUAUGAACUUCAUCCAGCAUGUAUCAUCACGAAGCAGAGGAACAAAGGAUGUUCUAUCCGAUGAUUUUGUUGACUUCUCCUCGGAUGCCAGUGUAACAGACAGUACUCCUUUCCCACCGGUCACAAUCCAUAGUCUACCCAAGACCUCUAUCCACCGAUGCAAAGACAUGAAUAAUGACAGCUCAGAAGAUAACCUGGAGUCAUCAUUCAGUCAUCAAAAGAGGCGGCGCUCCAAAAGAAGAAUUUCAGAUUUCUACUCUGAGGAGAUUGAGACAAGCGACGAUAGCUCAACGUCUCGAUCGGACUACGUUGUCAGGAAGACAGUCACUGUGAAGGUUGAUGUUCAUGUAUCUGCUGUGGAUAACUCGGAUAGUCCUCCAUCAAUACCCAACGAGCAGGAACCUUCCUCCCUAAUCAGUCAGAAGGAACAGAAUCAACAAGGAUCUGAAGGAGACAUGAGUUCCAGCGAUGAUCAGGGGAUAAAAACAUCUAUUCCUCCAGGAGGUCAGCCAACAUCUAUCUCAUCAAGUUCUAGUACUAAGGAAUCCUCGUCCUCCCAUUUCGACAGGGCUUCUAAGGUGUCUGAAUCCAAACACCUCUUCUUUACGGACUCUAACCACUUCUACUACUUCUGUGAUAUCGAUGACCAGUUGUUCUAUAGCAUGUCUGGAGAUUUCUUGAGAUCCAGUGAAGGCAGAGCUCCAGAUGGUUCUCCAAGAAAAUCUGAAAAGCAUCGACCCCACCUCAAAUGUUCUCACAAUAAAGCAGAAUACAUCCUGGCAAUUCUUCUCUGCAGAAGAAGGACUAGCCGUGUGGCGAAAGAUUUUACUCGUUCUAUCCCCACUGAGUUCUGGAAGGAAGAGAGAAGGUCCCCUUGCUGUAUGUGUUUCAAGUGAAGCUUGAAUUCAGUGUGUAAGGGUACCCCAGUGGUGACCCAGACCCUCAACCAGUAAUGUACAUGGAAGUCUUUGGGGCAAAUCUCAAUAAGAUUUUCAAUGUGCCCACUGCUACGUUUCAUACUUUCCAAAAGAAAAAUAAUCCAUUCUCCUUCCAGCCUUUUUAGCUGUUUUUUUACCUCUAAUAAUUUGACCUUUGGGCCAUUGGGCUAUUUGUCAAAAUUGUGUGGCAUAAUUAAAUGGACACAUUGCCUUCUUAUUGGCACUUCGGACUAUAAAAAGCUUUUAUGAAAUUUGUUGGGAAAGCUGUUUUAAAUGUAGAAUAUAGUGAUCCACACAAUAGACCCCCAAACUGUGUGGUUUUCCUUUUACAUAGAGAACUAACAAGGUCCGCUGUGUUGUAAAACAAAAUUUGGACGGUGUUACUUGACAAAGUAAAAGGAAAACCACACAUUUUCUAGGGAUGUCUGUGUGAAACAUUACAUUCUACUGUGAAAAUAUCUUUCAAACAAUGUUCAAUUCUAGCUCAAGUGACAUCAUCUAUUAUGUUGUUGUUUUUGGUUGUUGUUUUUUUCCGAGCAGCUGAUAAAACAAUGUGUUGUCUGAUUGCUUUUUAUUAUCUCCUCUCGUUGAAGUUGAAGUUAAAAUUAAACAAAUCAUGGAUAAAUUGUGUCCUGACAUUUCUUUAAUUUGGAAAAAUUGCAAAAGUUGUUUCUGUGUCACUGUUACCUUCUGUUUGUAAUGUGAACACAAACAUUAAUAUAUAUGUACUUCUUAUUUCCAAACAUUAAAAUAUAUGUACAUCUUCUUAUAAAACUUAUAAUUUUUAUGUAUUCCUAAUUUAAUGAAGCAUCAACGCAGAAGACAAAAAGGUAUUUUUUUUUGUCCAAAUCGUUUAUUUGACCUGGAUGAUCUGAAAGAUUUUAAAGGGUUGAGAAGAAGGAAUUUUAUUUCAUUUUAAAAGAAUUUACGCAGUUGUUUUAAAGUUUUUAUUAAGAUUUUAACUAUUUUGUUUUAUAACCUGAUUGACCAUUAUUACCUGAAUAUAUCACAUAGAUUUGCCAGAAUGCAAACAAACGUGAGUACUGGUGUCAGGCAUAUAGUCUAUCUGCAUCUUAACAAUAUGCUAAUGAAGUCUGAAGAUGGAUUUUUCAUCAGCCUUUUUCUCACUCAACAAAGCAAAUUCUCAACAAAUUUAAAACCCACUGCCACCCUUGGUUCAUUCCUAAGGAGAAAUAAGCACUUAAGUGUGAUCUUACUUAUCUCCUUACUCCAGAGAAGGGUUACCAAUUGCCAAAGGAAAUCUAACGUCCCCUCAACAGAUAGAUGAUAGAUAGAUAGAUAGAAGGUUUAUUGGCAAUAGCCAUCACAGCAUAACAACUGAAUUGCAACUAUGACACAACAUUUUAAAAAGAUUAAAAGGACAUCAUUAAGAGAACAGCAAUUUAUAUACAGAAAUAAAAAUAUAAAAAUGCACAAGCAAAAAGGGGAAUUAAAUUGAACAGCAACCACACACCUUUGGCAAGACACACACCACACCAGCACACACAAAAAGGAACAAAAACGCAUGUACGCACUUGAAACUAAACAAAAAACAGCAUUUUACAAGAACUCUGCAACACACAAUACCAAAAGAGCUUUAUAAAAAAGGAAUGCAAUAAUCUGUAGGAUUAACAUUCAAGUGUAGAAAGGCAAACCGAUGAAUUUCCUAGAAUGUUUUUUUUUUUUAUAGAUACAUCUGUUUUAUGAGAAAAAAAAAAAACAUAAUACAAAGGGAUAGAAUUAACUAUUGUAACUUAUGUUUUCAUUCUUAACAUAAUAUGUAAGUUGGUUCUGUAACCCACAGCUGUCGGUUAUGACUGUAACCUUAGUCAUUUAAUUUUUUAUAAUAACUGGUUGGCGUACUUUUUAUAUUGUACAACUAGGUUGAAUUUUGACUUGUGUUUACAAUGUGUCAAAUUUUAGAGGAUCUUAUGUAAACAUUGCCAUAUUUUAUCUAUCAAGUGUUGUUAUAAAUCCAGGCUGAAAAUGCUUUCAGUUACAAUUUACAACCCUACCUGGCAAGUAGAUACACACAUGGUGCUACCGCAAACCAAAUAUACAUUGAUACCUCACCAUGCAAUGCUCAAAUCCUAUAUAAUUUAUUUAUUCUUCUUUUUAACUUUUCACCUGAUUCGAUCUCAAACAAAUGUGUUUUCAUUAUUUAUAUGUGCAAUUUAGAUGAUAUAAUAUAAUUAGCUUGAGUUUAUUGAUGGCAAGUGAUUUGAUGUAGGCCUACACCUAAAUAAAUACAUUUCAUAUUUAUUGAUCAUAGAAACAAAGGUGAUGAUGUUUUUAUGUUGUAACAUCUGUUUUUUUAGAUUCGAACGUUGAAUUCAUUUCUCAUGUCUUGGAGAAGUAUUUCAGACACUUUUUUAAAUGUGUUGUCCAAAGAUUUUAGGUGCUCUUGUUUGCGAAGAAACGACUCGGUACAUACCCCCUAUUUGUUUUUUAGUACUUCAUCUGCUAUACCUUCCAAGCGUUAAACUAUUUGUUAAGUGUUUAACCGAUAAUUAAUUGUGCUGGUGCGGUCAAAACAAAUACCUCUUUUGGUAAAUAGCGACAAUUUGAUCGUUUGAGGAACCUGUCCGUAACUCGUUCCUUGUCUAUAAACAUUUGUCAGUCAGAAAGUUAACAUACAUAAAAUGAUGUCGACUGGUUUUAUAUUUUCAAAUUAAUUACAGAUUAUUUCAGAAUGCGUUUGUAUAACAAGGAAAAUAUACCUGUAUUUAGUAAACACUUUUGUAACAGUACAAAAAAGAGUACUUGCGAUAAAUAAAGUAAACUCACAUAAAUA